UUAUGUAGAAUAUUAUAUUGGGCAUCUUCUCACGGGGUGAUGAUUCUCUUUGGAACAUGGCUACUUCUUGUCUGUCUAUAGCAGUCACCUUUCGAUUUUUCCUAUAUACUUCUUCUCCAUUACUGUUUGCUAUUUGUCUUAGCCACUAAACCAAACGACCAUGUCUUUCUCUGCAUUUUCUUCUUCUUCUUUCACCAUUUUUAUGUUCCUCUUCUUCUUCCUCCUCAUUUUACCUUCCUCCAAUUCUUUGCUCAACUCCCCAUCCAUCAAUGCCACCCUCCGACGACAGCCUCGACAACUCUCCGUUAAUUAUUAUGCUAAGACUUGCCCUAAAGUUGAAAUUCUCGUUGGCUCAGUAACCUCCCAGAUGUUCAAAGAUGCCCCGGCCUCUGGCCCUGCCACCAUUCGCCUCUUCUUUCAUGAUUGCUUUGUUGAAGGGUGUGAUGGGUCAAUACUGAUAUCAACUAAACCAGGAAGCAAAGAAUUAGCAGAGAAAGAUGCAGAAGAUAAUAAGGAUUUAGCUAAGGAGGCAUUUGAGGGCAUGAACAAAGCCAAAGCUGUAGUGGAAAGCAAGUGUCCAGGCGUUGUUUCCUGUGCAGACAUUCUUGCCAUUGCUACCAGAGAUUUUGUUCACUUAGUUGGAGGACCAUAUUAUCAAGUGAAGAAAGGAAGAUGGGACGGAAAAAUAUCAAAGGCAUCAAGGGUGCAUCAAAAUCUUCCCCAAUCAAACUCAACAGUAGACCAACUUUUGAAAUUUUUUUCCUCAAAAGGACUCACACCUGAAGACCUCGUGGUCCUUUCUGGUGCACACACCAUUGGUUUUGCACAUUGCAAACAAUUUGUGAACAGACUGUAUGACUACAAAGGGACGAAGAAACCUGACCCUAGUAUGGAUCCUAGGCUUCUCAAGGCACUCAAAAUGUCAUGUCCACAAUUUGGUGGCAAUGUUGAUAUUGUAGCACCAUUUGAUGUGACAACUCCUUUCUCAUUUGAUAAUGCUUAUUAUGGGAAUUUGGAAGCUAAGUUGGGAUUGCUGGCUUCUGAUCAAGCUUUGUCUUUGGACCCUAGAACCAAGUCUUUUGUUCAAGAUUUGGCAAAGGAUAAGCAUAAGUUUUUCCAAGCUUUUGCUGCUGCUAUGGAUAAAAUGGGAAGUAUUGGGGUGAAAAGAGGAAGAAAGCAUGGGGAAUUUAGAAAGGAUUGCACUAUGCAUAUGUGACUCUUGGGUUGUUGGAUUUAAUUUCUCCUAAUUCUUCAUUUUUUUCCUUUUCUUCUUUUUUCCUUUUUUUAUUUGAAGGAAUCUAGUACACAUCUAUGAUAUCUCCUCGGGGACAGGGGAAUGGAGAGUGAGAUAGUGACUAAAUGUAAAGAAAAGAAAGAAGAAAAAAAACAUUUUUUCCCUUUAAUUCUUUUGCCCUCUCUCAAGGUAUUAAUGCAUGAUUUUUAUUUUCAGUUA